CCAACAGUGUUGUUCGACCAGUGACCACGGAUGUAGCGGUGGGCCUAUCUUGUCUCGUCUGUCAACCGCCCUCCCCACCCCCACCACAAAGUCCCUGCCUGAUCUUUGCGGAGAGGGGCGCUAGAUGCUUGCGGUUGGUUGACGAAUCACUCUGGUCUCAGGGAGAGGAAGAAGGAAAGAAAGGAAGGGAGAGGAGGAGGAGCGCGUCUUCGUUUCAUCGUUCUCGAACGUAAACAAAACAUCUUCACGCGCUCGGUGCGACAGAAAUCAAGUGGCGAAAACGGAGAUAUACUAUUUAUAUAUAAUUCCGUGGAAGUUAUUAGGAGCUGCUUGCCAACCCUCUUUCAGUGUAGGAUUGCAUCUCCCUACGGGCUACCCAAAAACAAGAAACUGUGUUUGGUGCAAAGCAAGAUUAAGAAAAUAACAGCAAAAGCAAACAAACAUCCAUCUUGCACCGUGGUCUUUCGUCGACAACACCUCCAACUUCGCCACCAAGUUACGAUCAAGAUCAUAAAUUAAACAAAAUAUAUAUAUAGACCUAGUUCCGCGUUGCUUUAGUUAUCAUAAAAGCACAUUGACGCCGCAGUGGGAAAAAUCCGAAGAUUGUCUUUGCAAUGGCAGAUUUCAAAUGGUGCAAGAAGAGGAAAUAUACAAAUUUCGUGGCGUUGGAAUAGAAACAUUGCUUAUUUUACGGUUUUCUGAAACACCAGCAUGCUGCAAGUAGUGAAAUAUCGACGGGUUUCGACUCAUCGUCGCGACGGACGAAUGUACGAACUGGCAGGGAGGCUUUACAGUCACGUGAUGCAUCUGAUGAGAGUGUUGGAGGCCAAACUGUCCCUGAUCAAAUUUGCCUCGACGAUAGCGGCUUUCGCGGUGUUUAUCUGCUUCUUGCCGGGUCUUCUGUUCUUAUAUACAGGUAUCAAAUGUUGGCGCUUGUGCGUGGGCUGGUGGGCACUGAGGAUGGUUGAUGGCAUCGAGGAACUGAGUGGCGUCACAGUCAGAGCGGUCAUGGAGGAAGGCCCGGACAAUCGCAGCUGCGUCGAGACGCUGCUCUUCUGUUUGUCUGGUACUCCCAGCAUCACUUAUCUCAGGAAGAAGAUACAGGAAGACAUCCUGGACCGGAAAGGAAGUGAUGGUAAAAUUCUCCACCCGAAUUUCCGUCGCAGAGUGGAGAGGGUGUGUGGGUAUUACGCCUGGGCCAAACAUGACAAGUUCGAUAUCACACAGCACGUUCUCAUGGCGCCUAUGCACUACCGAGGAAGGAUCAUUACUACGAGGAACAUUCAGGAAUACAUGGGUGAAGUGGUAAGUCAGCCACUUCCAGAAGAUCUCCCUCCUUGGUGUGUCAAUGUUGUGACAAUAAGUGAUGGGGGAACUGAAGGCGAAGGAGAAACCUGGAUUGUGGCUCGAGCUCACCACCUGCUUGCAAUGCAAUUGGACCUCCCAAACCUGCUGGUGUCAUCUUAUCCCGACCCUUGGCAAAACCCAGCUACACGAGGACUCACACUGCUCUCUGCUCCAGCAUCCACAAUUCAAUUUGUCAAGGCUGUCAAGACAUUUGGGCGAACAACAGCGAACACAUCAAAACAAAUGUUGAGUAACUGGUGGCAUGAACGUCAAGCUGCCAUUGUGAGUCCAGUAAGGAGUGCUCUGGAAGAAUCCAUUCAGGUAGCAUACAAGACUAAUCCUGGUGAGGAAUUUCACUUGAAUAUCUUUCGCCAAUUUUACACAGUUGCCGUUUUUCUCUCUAUAUUAUGGAGAAACGUUCAUGACCAUAUAAAUGCCUUUAUAGUAGCACUGAUUAGAUAUUGUAAUGCAGAAUAUAUCUCACGCUGCUGUUUUUCAUUCUCAUCUGGCUUGAUGCAUAUGUUAUGGAGAGCAUUCUUGUGGAUUCUAAAGUUCCCAUGGACAAUAUGGGAGCUAGUCAAAACAUUACGAUCUUACAUUAAAAAACUGCUGUCAAGCAAAGAAUACAACAUUGUCAGGAACGCAUUCGUCGAGAUCUAUUGGAUGACCCGGGCAUUUGUAACCUUACCACGUCUGAUACUUGAAGAGGCCCUCAGCAUACACGGUGUCACCCCUCUGAUGGGAUGGGUGGGGAGACGUCAAAGAACACUUUCUUCCCGAGGUUUAGGGCGCACCGGGGGUAUGGCACUAGCUUGGAGUGACCCUGUGCCACUUCUCACUGCAAAAGGUGUGCGUGGUGCCACUGGAGCUACGAUAAGUGAAAUCUUGAUGACGGCUUGUUCGGGAGCAGUUCGUGAUUACCUACGGGUAACUGGACUGCCUGUCCCAGAUGAAGUGUGUUGCACAGUACCAGUCUAUUCACAACAUCGAGCUAAAAGCAGAGAAGAAACAGAAUCACCAGGGUUAGUUACUCUUGCACUUCCCACGGGCGCUUCAGAUGCCUCUUCUGCUUUGGAAAUUGUUAGAAAGUCCAUGGAAAAAAUCCGCAGGUAUCCAGAACGAUAUCUAGCGUCCGUUUGGCUCAUCAGAAAUGUAGUCUAUUUUCUGCCAGAGUCUCUACUUGGAGCUGUGUUUCGUGCUUUGUCUGUGCGUUACCCAGUUGCUAUGUCCAAUCUUGCAGGACCUUCGAAGUCUACAAGCAUCUGGGGUUUUGAUCUUCUAAACAUCUUUUACUGGAGACCUCCCCAGUCUGGGUCAGUGCUCUCGGUUUGUGUAACAUCUUACGAAGGCCGUGCACACCUUGGAGUGUUGGUCGAUGGCCGCAUAGUUCCGAAUGCUGCAACACUCCCACAAGCUUUCGUCACACACCUCAAUGAACUUGCUGUUGAUACUGGAGUUAGAUUAAUACGUCAGUGUAGUCGAAGCUGGUCGAGGGGCAGCUCCCCAGGAAACACCCCCUCUCCCACCCCACCCCCAACGCCAACGUGCUCUCACAAAAUGAGUUUCCCUCAGUGGAACAAACUGAAACCAUCGAACAAGAUGGCGAGGAGACAAUCUUCAGUCUUUUAACGGAAAUAUUUGUCGUUCGUGAAAUCUUCAGCCUUUUAGAGAAUAUAUUUAUGUCAGCAGUGAGUCAUGGUGAAGGGCUAUCUUACAGGCUAUUUCCACACUAAACACUAAGCAUCUUUAUGAGCAUAUUUGUCCUCAGUGGAGCUGUGUUGGCAGGGUUAUCUGCAAGCACAUCUACCAUCAGUGGAGCAUGCUGCAAGGGGCAUAUUCCAAUGUAUUUUCUAUCAGUGGAGCAUAAUGAAUAGGGAACCUUCCAAUACACUACCUGUCAGUCGAGUGUGAGGAAAGAAGCAUGUUCCAAUAUAUUUGCCCUCAUGGAGCAUCGUAGGAGGGGCAUCCUCCAGUGCAUGGGCUAGUAAUGGAGCAUAAUGAAGAGGUUACCUGCUAACAUCCAUAUGUUUCUAUUCAUGUUGAUUUCAUCUCUCAAUGUCUUAAACGCAUGUUUAAGUACUUAUAAAAAAUCGGUAAAGUUUUGUGGUAGUAACUUCAGAGAGAGAGAGAGAGAGAGAGAGAGAGAGAGAAGAGGACUGAUUAUUCCUUUGAAGAUAUAAAAAUGUUUAAACAAGCCUACUCAGCUGCCUCGAUCACAUCCAGAUUCUUCAGUUAAGAGUGAGUACGGAGAAAUGGAGAAGGGCAUUGGCUUAAUGGAGUGCCGUAACUGUUUGAAUGAAAGAGCCUUAAUGUUUGGGAAGAAUAAAAGCAUAUUCAUAAGACAACCGGAACCUAAUGUAUUUGCAACAAUCGAUGGAGUCUAUCAGUUUUGGCAUACGGUUAAUUCGGUUAUAUUAUGUAUAUAGAAAGAUGUACACAAAUGUACAGUAUGGCAAGUAUGAUUCAAAAUCUAAAUGUAAAUAUAACCGUCUUUGUU